CGCUUCUCAGACCUUUGGGGCCGGUAGUUUGCUUAUGAAGUCCUGGAAACCAACGGAUUAAAAGGACCGUUAAAGGUGUGUGAAGGAAGAACUCAGCUAGAGCUAGUCCGUUGUAUCAUCGAUUUCCUUAUUUCUACCGUGGCCGGACUGUAGUAUGGAGGAAUUUGAGAUUGCUGGGGGCAACGGCAGAUGGUAGAAAUCACACAGGGUGGAAACGGGCAAAUCUAAGUUGGCUUCCGCCAAAACGGCUUGAACAGAGUCCCCGCGGUUCACCGUCUGCACCAGUUACGAAAGCGAUGACGUCUGUGUGUUGUUAAUGAAGUUCUUGAACUGAGUGGGUAGAAAUGCGAAGACCCAGAGGUCCCACCUGCUUUCAGCUUUCCUGUACAUAUUUGUGCCUUGUGCUGGAUUUUUCCUGACAUCCCAGCCCACGUCUCGAUCCCUGGAUCACCCGCGCCCUCCGCAGUGCUCUGAUCCGCCCACCGCCUUGCGAGUUUUGCAUUAGCUGUCUUCAGCCUUCUUGCUUCAUUCCCAAAACGAAAGUUCAAUUCAUAGCUAUCAUAUAUCGAGUAGCUUUUUGUCAAGUCCUUUCCCCAUGCUCUGCACCAGACGUCUUAAAAUACAAGAAUUUCCCUUGCAAGGAAUUGUUCGGAUUUCAUAGUAUUUUCAGUAAGAAAAGACUAGUAUUAAUAGAGAAUGAAUCCAGAGCUGUGGCUCCGCUUAUCAAGUAUACUGGUCUGCAGCCCCUUAUAUUAAAAAUUUACAAAGGUUCAUUUUGCUUUUGGGCGCAACAGGAUUUUCAGCAUCACAGUAGAACUACAUAAUAACUGAAAGAUAGUUUAUUUUAAAUAGUUUAUUAAAAAUAGUUUGUUUAAAAUAAAAAUUUAUUUAUUUAAAGUAGACAUUAAAUUAGAAUGGCCCAAUUCGAAGGUUUCGGUAUCGUUGCUUUUUUUUCUGCUUCAUGUAGGUUCCUAUUAGUAAACUGCUUUCAGGUAAUAGGGUUCCUCAGCAACAGACUCAAAAGGAUUACAGUCUCCUGAAGCAGGGAAUGUGAAAGAGGACAUUGAAAAGCCACUUCAUUUAUACACAGCCGAAGGAUUACUUUCACUGAUUACCAGAGCAUCCGUGAUGUCUGACUUUAUGAGAACAUGAGCUCUACAAGCUUCCUACCCUCUGAGAGAAGUUUUUACUAGGUGCUGUUUAUGUGGUACCCUGCUAUGUACUGAAUGUUGUGAUUCUGCAAAAUUCAUAUGUUGAAGCCUAAUCCCCAAUAUGAUGUUUGGAGGUGGAGUCUUUGGGUGGGACAGGCCUUCGACAACUUAAAUCACCUACACAUGGAGCACAAAGAUGAUGACGACGAUGAUGUGUCUUUUGCCAAAUGGAUGAGCAGCUUCUGGGGUCACAGCUGGAUAGAAGAGAACGAGAGAGGACUCCGGGACCAUCAUGGACCACAAGAUGCCACUCACAGGAAAACCUCCCUGCCCUGCCCAUUUCCUGUGCUUCCCAGAAUCACAUCGUCUGACAGCCAUCCCAGAAGACAUUCUCAUGAGGACCAGGGAUUUCAAUGCCAUACCCGCAUGCUGGAUUACAGAAAAUGCUCAGCAGAUGAGUCAUUCAAGGAGGCCCUGGAAUCAAAAGGAAGAUCUCAUUCCAAAAUUCAAGCAUUUUCAGAGUCCUUUGAACAGAAACUGUGCUUUAGAACCAAACGCUCCGUCUCUUUGGGGCCUGAGAGCAAGAAGGAGAGGAGAGAAAGGGAAUGCCUGAGGAUGGAGAUAAAAUCUCGAAAGAAAGUGGAGGAAAGAAGGAACUCUAGGAAGGAAGAACACAGAGAAGCACACAUGCCCCCCUUGGUUGAAAGAGAGUCCAAAUAGUGUUUCCAUAUCAUACCUCCAGAUGCCAGGUUUUGGUGGCACUUGUGAAGGAGUGUCCGGAAAUGCUGAGUGACUGCAGUGGUCCAUCGGUGCAGGGCUCCCCAAGAUGACUCGCACCUGACUCCCACUGCUUCUGAUGUCUUAGUUCGAGAGUGUGAUCUGCUAUGUGGUCCUUUUAUGGGAAUAAAGAAAAUAAAAUGUAUUUUAAUAGAAGAAGUGAUUCUUAAAUAUGUAAAGAAAGAUAUUUAAAGAGCCACCAACGCAUCUUCACUAACUCUUCUUUUGCAUCAACCUUGCAAAUAAGUUUAAAUAAAAGUCAUUGAUGUGA